GAAACCCUAAACACGGGCGGGUUGAGUUAGAACGUUUCUCACCCAGCCAUCACACUCGCGAGUCGCGACUCGCUCCAUUCCUAAACCGAUCCCAGCUCGUUCUUCUUCCUUUUCUCCCUCCAAAUUUCUCAGACUUUCUAACACCCAACCUUACCUUUACUCUUAUUUCCUUUUUUUUUCUUUUUUCAUUUUCUCCUUGAAAUUCAAGCUAAGGAUUGGGCGUCCGAUUUUCUAAUUCAACACCCUUUUGCGGGUUUUGCGUAUAGGUCAUGAGGUUUGAGCUUUCCAUUGGAGCGCUACAAAUGAUUGCAAUUCCCCAUUCUAAUAAGUAAUAAGGUAGCCUAAUCAGAUAUGGUUAAAUAUGGCCACAGUACAACUUCUUGAAUGAUAGAAUUUAUGGCUCGUUCCUGUGGGAUUGUUGACCCUGGAUGGGAGCACGGCAUUGCUCAAGAUGAGAGGAAGAAGAAGGUUAAAUGCAAUUACUGUGGAAAAAUAGUUAGUGGGGGAAUAUACAGGUUGAAGCAACAUUUAGCUCGAGUUUCUGGAGAAGUAACAUACUGUGAUAAGGCUCCUGAAGAAGUAUACCUGAGAAUGAAAGAAAAUCUGAAAGGAUCCCGUUCCAAUAAGAAAGCAAGACAGUCUGAAGACGAGAGGCAGGUGCAUUCAAAUUUCCACUCCAACUAUGAUGAUGAGGAAGUGCAUGUUGAGUAUAGAAGCAAAGGAAAGCAAUUGAUGGUUGAUCGGGAUUCGUAUAGUGAUAGGAAUUUGGCUGUAAGCUUGAAUCCUCUUCGGUCACUGGGGUAUGUUGAUCCUGGGUGGGAACAUGGUGUUGCUCAAGAUGAGAGGAAGAAAAAGGUGAAAUGCAAUUAUUGUGAGAAAAUAGUUAGUGGAGGUAUUAAUCGGUUUAAACAACAUCUAGCUAGAAUUCCUGGAGAAGUAGCACCUUGUAGACAUGCUCCUGAGGACGUUUAUCUCACAAUAAAAGAGAAUAUGAAAUGGCAUCGUACUGGUAGAAGACACAGACAACCAGAUACUAGCGAAUUAUCAGCAUUCUUCAUGCUGACGGACAAUGAAAAUGAAGUUAAUGAAAAAGAUGAUGUUGCUCUGCAUCAAUUAAGCAAAGAAAGUCUGAUCGAUGGUGAUAGAAGAUUUGGCAAAGAUUCAAGAAGGGCAAUCAAGGGGAUGUCUCCCAGUAGUGGUUCUGAACCGUCAUAUAAGAGAUCAAGAUUGGAUUCUCUUUUUCUGAAAACACCAAAAACUCAGACACCACAGUCUUACAAGCAAGUAAAAGUGAAUGCAGGGUCGAACAAAAAAUUGGGCAAUGAAAUUACAUCCGCAAUUUGCAAAUUCUUUUACUAUGCAGGAGUUCCUUUACAAGCAGCAGACUCUAUAUACUUCCAUAAGAUGCUGGAGUUAGCUGGACAACAUGCACAAGGUUUGAUAUGCCCUCCGAACCAACUGAUAUCCGAUAGGGUUCUGCAGGAGGAACUUGCAACAAUAAAAAACUACCUAGUGGAGUAUAAGGCCUCCUGGGCAAUUACCGGUUGUUCUAUAAUGGCAGACAGUUGGAAAGACACUCAGGGUAGGACAUUAAUUAACUUUCUGGUUUCUUGCCCCCAUAGCGUGUAUUUUGUUACUUCAGUUGAUGCCACUGAUGUAGUAGAAGAUGCUUCUAGUUUGUUUAAGCUGAUGGACAAAGUAGUGGAAGAGAUUGGUGAGGAAAACAUAGUGCAGGUGAUCACUGAAAAUACUCCCAGUUAUAAAGCUGCUGGAAAGAUGCUUGAAGAGAAGAGACGGAAGUUAUUCUGGACUCCAUGUGCCACCUAUUGUAUUGAUCAGAUGCUUGAAGAUUUUUUGAAGAUUAGAUGUGUAGGAGAAUGCAUGGAGAAGGGAAGGCAAAUUGCAAAAGUCAUUUACAACCAAAUUUGGUUGUUAAAUCUGAUGAAAAAUGAAUUCACUGAGGGACAGGAACUUCUGAGGCCAGCUGUUACCAGGUGUGCCUCUAGCUUUGCUACUUUACAAAGCUUGCGGGACCACAAGGUUGGUCUGAGGAAAUUGUUUGUAUCAAACAAAUGGAUUUCAUCUCAGUUCUCCAAAUCAGACCUGGGGAAAGAGGUUGAAAAUAUAGUUUUAAACUCUACGUUUUGGAAGAAGGUGCAGUAUGUUUUGAAAUCAGUAGACCCAAUAAUGCAAGUGCUUCAAAAGGUUGACAAUGGUGAAAACUUGUCGAUGCCAUCAUUGUAUAAUGAUAUGUACAGAGCAAAGCUUGCUAUUAAAUCCAUCCACGGUGAUGAUGUACGUAAAUAUGGACCAUUCUGGAAUGCGAUAGAUCACCACUGGAAUUCAUUGUUCUACCACCCUCUCUAUAUGGCUGCUUACUUCUUAAAUCCAUCUUACAGAUAUCAUCCUGAUUUUAUGGCGCAUUCAGAGGUGAUGCGAGGACUUAAUGAAUGCAUAGUUCGGUUGGAACCAGACAAUCUGAGAAGAAUUUCGGCAUCUAUGCAGAUUUCUGAUUAUAAUUCUGCAAAAGCUGAUUUUGGAACUGAAUUAGCAAUAAGUACAAGAACAGAGCUUGAUCCAGCUGCAUGGUGGCAACAACAUGGGAUAAGUUCCUUGGAGCUGCAACGGAUAGCUGUACGCAUAUUAAGUCAGACAUGCUCCUCUGUUGGGUGUGAACACAACUGGAGCAUAUUUGAUCAGAUAUACAGCCAAAGGCACAAUCGUUUAGCCCAGAAAAGAUUAAAUGACCUUACCUAUGUUCACUACAACUUGCGGCUUAGAGAACGCCAACUAAAUAAAAGACCCAAUGGAAUCUCUCUUGACAGUGUUCUCGUGGAACGUCUGCUACAUGACUGGGUUGUAGAAGAAGAAAAACAAGCCUUGCCAGAAGAUGAGGAAAUCCUUUACAAUGGGAUGAAACAAGUUGAUACUGAUGACAAUGAUUCGGUUGAUUAUCAAGAUGGAACUGUAGAAGCUAGAAAGGGAUCCGUUGAAAUGGUCGCUUUGGCUGAUGUACAAUCAUCGGCUGUUAAUCCUGCCAAUGCUGGUGCCGCCCCUGAUGAUGAUGCUGACAUAGAUUUUUUUGAUGAUGGUUUGAGUGAUUAAUAGAUUUGUACGCAAUACUCUUCAUCAAAAUAAAAAUUAAAAAGUGAUCUGAAGUUCAUUUUAUAGAUUUUGCCGGGCAGGUUCUCAAACAAUCAAAUUAUAAAGAUACCUCUUUAUGCUGAA